CUCAAUUGAAACGCUGUUUCAGGAAUCCUCACAAAUUAACUUAGGUUUUCUUCGCUGCUGUCCGCCGCCUUCGGCUCUUCCCCUUCGUCGCCGUCUCCGCCGAUUCCGAGUUCCGAUUCCGAGUUCCUGACCGCCGAUUCCGAGUUCCCCUUCGUCUUCGUCCACGGAUCUUUGCAUGGCAGGGAGAAACCAUCUUCCUCGCCAGCCUGAGGCUUUCCGUGGUUUCCGUGAUGGACCUCGGCCUAUCAUUCAUCGAGGACCAGGACCACUCCCCCUUCACCCUGCAGCUCUGGAAGAGGAGCUUGAAAUGCAACAUAGAGAAAUUCAGAGGAUUCUUGCUGAGAAUAGACAUGUGAUUGAUGAAAAUGUGAUUCUUCAGAGAGAAUUGGCAGCUGCAAAAGAUGAGAUUCAUAGAUUAGGUCAGGUCAUUCCCAAACUCCGAGCUGAUGGAGAGGCACAUGCUAGGGAGUUAAUUGACAGAGCAUUGAAGCUAGAAGCCGAGCUCCGUGCCACUGAGCCUCUGAGGUCAGAUCUUAUGCAGUUAAGAGCUGAAGCACAGAAACUUAAUGCUUUGAGGCAGGAUUUGUCUUCCCAAGUUCAAGCUCUCACACAGGAUAUUACUCGGUUGAAAGCUGAGAAUGAGCAAGUAAAUGCUCUAAAAGCUGAUGUUGACGGACUACACAAGGAGCUUUAUGAAGCCAGGUCUGGAGUUAAAUUUCUGACUGGAUCAAAUAAAGAGUUGACUUUAUGGAGAGCUUUUGAAUAUGAGAAAAAAGCAAAUGAGGAACAGAUGGAGCAAAAGCAAGCAAUGGAGAAAAACCUUGUGUCCAUGGCUCGUGAAAUAGAGAAACUACGAGCAGAGCAAAUGGCCGGAGACAGAGGAGCCCGUGGACUUGGUGCUGGGAGUUAUGGAAUGUUGAAUGGAAGCCCUGAAAUGAGAUAUGCAGGCAGUGCCUAUGGUGAUAUCUAUGGCAGUAGCGGACGUUGGGGUCCCUAUGAUAAGCGUGGACCAACGCGACGUUGAUCCAUCAUUGGGGAGAUGCUGUGGUGGUUGGUCUUGUAUGUUUAACUUAGUGCUUCGUGGCAACUAUUCUCGAGAAUUUUACCUGAUGCAUCAUAAAUUGGUACUGUUUUUGUGUUGCUCUGCUAAGAUUGUGGUUUUUAGCUUUUUGGGUGGACAUCAUAUUUGGCUUUACAUUGGAAUGGUACUGGGAUGAUUGAAUGCUAUCGCCAUUUCAUCCCAAUGUUAUUAUCCCGUUGCUGCGGUUAAACUGUGUAAUUGCUGUGAUGUUGGAAGUAGCAGUUGUUUUGCAAAGGAAAGAAGCUCUGGUUAUUGUAUUGUUCAGCUAUAUGAGGAAGGCUAAAUGUGAAUGGUUAUUGUAUAGUUACUGCA